AGUGAGGUCACAGAGCCCAGCGGUGCCCUCUGGAAAGACAGCCCGAGACCUAGAAUGAACUUUGACCAGAAGGCUGUGAAAUUCCUGGCAAAUUUUUACAUCAAUGGAGGCAAACACUGGACCCGGGGUCCCCUGAGUCAGCAACCUCUUCACCCUACCCAGCCCGAGGCUGCUGUGCUGUGGUGGGACCAGGAGCUUGAGGCAGCCUGGAACGAGAUGUGGCCCCCAAAGGCAAAGAGGGCCCCAAGUGGCUUCAGGUCAAAAAUGAGCACCCCCAAAGAGUCCACAUCUAGCUGCGUAGAGAGCCUGAGGAAUCUGUUGCAAGAGCGACGGCCCCCGAUCCUGACGGACCUGGAUGUCCCUGGCCCCACCAAGUAUGAAGUGCCCAGUGCGUCUCUUCGGGAGUCCUCUCCACAUCCCCAGUACACCAUGGGCCACAAGAACCCUGGUCGAGAGGGUGGUGGCCGUAGGGCAUGGCAGACCUUGUGGCUCCAAAGUGAAAGCCCCUUCACGCAGAAGACCGACUUCAACCGAGAGCGAAAGUGGCCAUCGCCCGCCGAGUACAGGCCGCUGAGCCAGCCUGCCUUCCCGGCCUUCAGUUUUGGAGGCCGCCGCCGCUCUGUUGUCAAGAUACCCAGGGAUUUACGCCCAGGGAUGCUACGAGCCCGAGGUCCUUGCGCCUAUACCCCACUCCUGGCUGCCUCGCAGCCCUCUGGCGAGAAGCGACCUAGUCCCAACACCUAUAACAUCCUUCCUGGGUACCGUCUGCAGAGCACACGCUCACCUGCCUUCUCCAUGAGUCGCUCCCCUGCGUUCGUCUCCUGGGUCAGCUCCUCCCGAACCCCAGGCCCGGCUGCCUACUACGUGGAAGACUGCUACAACUCUCGCUUCCCAUCUUCGCCGGGAGUGGUCAUCCAAGGAGUGCGCAGACCCAAGCGUCACGACACAGGCCCCUUCUGCACACUGUAGGCCCAUCGGGUAGAGACUGCAAAGCUGACCUCCCUUGAAGUUUUCCUGGGUUUCCUUUGGAACUCUGUCUGCAGCCUGGCCUUCUGACCAUCUAGACACCCCUCACCCACUCUUCUGGCUUACACUGUGUGCAACAAGAAGAGUCUUUCCAGGGCCCUCCUCCCCCUACUAUACUCAGAUGCAAAUGAUUCUUUUGAACUGUG